AUGUAUUUGCAGGAGUGGUUCAGAUCGCUCCACUCCGGCGCCGGGCUCAAAGGGUCUGAGUCGGAGGACUUCUGGAGCCUCCUGCCGUCGCUGCCCCGGCCCUCUUUGUCCCUGUCCUCCUCUCUUCUGGGUUUGGGCGCCGUGGCCUCCCUCACUGCGUACUGGCUGGCGACCCGACCUCGACCCAUGCGUCCCCCGUGUGAUCUCAAAGCCCAGUCCGUCGCCAUCAGGGGGGAUCCAGUCUGCAGACGAUCGGCUCUCAAUAAAAGCGACUGCCUGCUGUAUUUUUACUAUGACGAUAUCAGAACGGCCUUCGCCAUGUUCCAGAGAGGCCUGAAGAUCGCAGGGGACGGGCCGUGUCUGGGCUUCAGGAAGCCUAAUCAGCCGUACGAGUGGAUCUCCUACAAUGAGGUGGCCGAGCAGGCGCACGUGCUGGGCUCCGGCCUGCUGGUGAAAGGCUGCCAGCCCAACCCGCAGCAGUUUGUUGGAAUAUUCGCCCAAAACAGCCCUCAGUGGACCAUUACAGAGCUGGCCUGCUACUAUUACUCCAUGGCCGUGGUUCCUCUGUACGACACUCUGGGUCCGGAAGCGAUGGUGCACAUCCUUGACCUCGCCGAGAUCUCCCUGGUGUUCUGUGACCGGGAGGACAAGGCAGCGUCUCUGCUGGAGAACAAAGAGAAAGGCGCGACUCCGACGCUCUCCUGCCUGGUUCUCUUUAAAGACUUCGGCCGGGCCUUCGCGGAGAGGGCGAGGAAGUGCGACGUGGAGGUUUUGAAACUGGAGCAGCUCAUGGACCUGGGCAGGCAGAACCUCAAAGAUCCUGUGCCGCCCCAGCCUCAGGAUCUGGCCGUGGUUUGCUUCACCAGUGGAACCACAGGAAAGCCCAAGGGAGCCAUGAUCACCCACGGCAAUAUGGCCUCCAACACUUCCUCUGUCAUUAAGAUCCUGGAGGGUUCGUUUGAGAUCAGACAGGAAGAUGUGACGAUCUCAUACCUGCCACUUGCCCACAUGUUUGAGAGGAUGAUCCAGUUUUCCAUGUUCGUCCACGGGGCCCGAGUGGGGUUUUACCAAGGCGACAUCUCUCUUCUAAUGGACGACAUGAGAGCGCUUAAGCCCACGUUUUUCCCCGUGGUGCCACGGCUGCUCAAUCGCAUCUACGACCAGAUCAUGGCCUCUGUGACUUCCCCGUUCCGACGCGCCGUGCUCCACUUCGCCGUGAGGAGAAAGCAGGCUGAACUCAACAGCGGGAUCGUACGAAACAACACUCUCUGGGACAUGCUGGUGUUUAACAAGAUCCAGGCCAAGCUGGGAGGAAAUCUCCGCUUCGUGUUGACGGCGUCGGCACCCAUCUCUCCCACCGUGUUGUCCUUUCUCAGAGCCACGCUGGGCUGUCUCAUAUUCGAGGGCUACGGCCAGACGGAGUGCACCGCGGGCUGCACCUUCUCCAUGCCGGGAGACUUCAGCACAGGUCACGUCGGGGCUCCGUUACCCUGCGCCAUAGUGAAGGUGGUCGACAUCCCAGAGAUGAACUACUUUGCCAAGAAUGGGGAGGGAGAGAUCUGCAUGCGAGGCCCCAGUGUGUUCGGGGGAUACCUGAAGGACCCGCAGAGCACCGCCGAGGCCCUGGACAGCGACGGCUGGCUGCACACCGGGGACGUGGGCCAGUGGCUUCCGAACGGGACUCUGCGCAUCGUCGACAGGAAGAAGCACAUCUUCAAGCUGUCGCAGGGAGAGUACAUCGCUCCGGAGAAGAUAGAGAACAUCUACAUGCGCAGCGUCCCCGUGCUGCAGGUGUUCGUGCACGGAGACAGUUUAGAGUCGUAUCUCGUGGGCAUCGUCGUGCCCGACCCCGAGGUGUUUGUUGACUGGGCUAAAGAGCGAGGAAUCGUGGGCUCCUACCAGGAGCUGUGCGAGAACCCGGACAUGAAAAAGGCCGUACUAGAGGACAUGAGAGCCGUGGGGAAGGAGGCGGGGCUCAAGUCCUUCGAACAGGUGAGAGACCUUCACCUGCACCCGGAGAUGUUCAGCGUCGCCAACGGCCUGCUCACACCCACCUUCAAGAGCCGACGCGCCGACAUCCGCAGGGUCUUCCAGCCGCAGAUAUCAAAGAUGUACAAGAAGACGGCGAACUGACUCCGCCAGCGACGCUCCGACGGCAGCCAGCGGGAGCCUCCUCGGAGAGAAUGAAUCUUUUUUAUUUUACCUCAUGUAGGACUGUGGCUACACCUUACACGUGUGCGUGGUGCAAUUCGUCGAUAUGGGUUCUGGUGUGUUUAAUCCGCCAUCCACUGUUUUUAAAUCACCUGCAGAACCUCCGUCCAUCCAUCCAUCUUCUCACACACACUCUUUAUCCACACGAGAGCUGAUCUCAGCUAACACACACAGACAGUCACACCUAUGGGCAAUUUAGACUCAAUUAUCAUCAAAUGUAUGAGUUGAGACUGUAGGAGGGAGCCGGAGUACUCACCCACACACCGCAGGGAGAAGAUCCAGACUGCAGACAGAGACUCGUGGUAGUGCAGCGCUGACCACAGCUCAGUGACAGUAAAUGGGUUUCACUAACCUGCGCGACUGUAGACAUAGAGCUGCUGGAUCAUCAUAUAGUCUCUAAAACAACCGGUUUCACUACACCCUGCUUAUCGGCGACGGGUUAACCGGUUACAAGCCGUUUCUCACUUUUGCCCCGCUCACUAAUUCACCGGGAGAUUUGACGGGGACAUAAAGGUUUAGUUUUAGUGCGGAGAAUCACAGACGGUACUAAGAAUCCACAAAGUUAGAUUUAUACACGCGGUGAGGAUUUUGAAAGGGACUCUGUUAUGCACACUUGGGGCAUUGUUUCUUUUAGAAGAUCCAUUAAGUGUAGGUUUAUGCCUUGUCGACGGGUCCUUGUAGCACAAUAUGUCAAAAAUAAGCUUUUAUUAUAAAUGCUUGUUGUGAUUUUAGCUCAUUUUUCUAACUGGUUCUGGAGAAAGUUUAGCUAAAACUUUAAUUACACCAUAAAUACUAAUGAGCCUUCCAGCCUGCAGUGAUUUGUAAAAAUGAAAGGAUGAACUGUAAAUACAGCUUUUAUUAAUAUUUGUAAACAAGACACUGCUGACUAAUUCCAGCAAAAUAAAACUGAAUGGAAAUAAA